UCUUAUAAGUAUGCAUAGACAAUGGCUCUUUAGACCAGACCAUGAGUGCAUGUAAUUGGCAUUGACACGUCUUCUUGAUAGAAAAUUGCUUAUUUAGGAAUUUUUCUGCGCCAUAGGCAGUGUCCCUAUAUGAUCUAAACAGUUAAAUUGAUCUGAAUAUUGAUCGGAUCUAGAUUCUAGAUCCAAAUAACAAACCUUUUUUGCUUUGGUAUCAAAUAAAGAAAUCCUUUAAAAUUACGUACCCAAACACCUACCACGGUCCAACUAGUCCAAUUCAUCAAAACGCUGCUAUCUCCUCCCAAACUCAAAACGUUGCUCUCUGUCAUCAGACCCGGUGCCCCCCCUUACUUCAAUUCAACCAACAACUAUCUAAAAUUUUCAUUUUCUUUUUUUGCAGAUAUCAAUUCGAGUUCAAAAAUGUCUGUUGCAAAUCCUUUAAGAAAAUCGAUUAAAUGCGUUAUUCUUGAUUUGGAUGGCACGUUGCUCAACACAGGUUUCGUUAGGAAAGUAUGGUAAAGAAUGGGAUGGAAGAGAAACCCUUCAAAUUGCGGGGAAGACGCCUUUUGAAGCUGCUUCUGCCGUUGUUGAAGAUUAUGGACUUCCUUGCUCGCCAAUUGAAUUUAUUUCUGAGAUUUCGCCGCUAUUCUCUGAUCAGUGGUGCAAUAUUAAAGCACUCCCUGGUGCCAACCGGUUGAUUAAACAUUUGAAGAGCAAUGGAGUUCCAAUGGUCUUAGCAUCAAACUCUCCCAGGGAAAGCAUUGAUGCCAAAAUAUCCUUUCACGACGGAUGGAAAGAUUCUUUCUCUGUCAUAAUUGGGGGAGACGAAGUUCGAACAGCGAAACCUUCCCCUGAUAUAUUCUUUGAAGCUGCUAGGAGGUUAUGCAUGGAGCCUUCCAGCUGUCUUGUGAUUGAAGACUCUUUACCUGGUGUUACUGCUGGUAAGGCUGCUGAAAUGGAGGUGGUUGCAGUACCAUCACUCCCGAAACAGUCUCAUCUCUUUACUGCAGCAGAUGAGGUGAUAAAUUCCCUACUUGAUUUGCAACUUGAAAAAUGGGGUCUACCACCAUUUACCGAUUGGGUGGAGGGAACUUUGCCUGUAGAUCCUUGGUAUAUUGGCGGUCCUGUCAUCAAGGGUUUUGGUCGUGGGUCGAAAGUACUCGGUAUUCCUACAGCUAAUUUAUCGACAAAGGACUAUUCAGAUCUCCUUUCAGAGCAUCCCGCAGGAGUUUAUUUUGGUUGGGCUGGAUUAUCAGCAAGAGGUAUUUUUAAAAUGGUGAUGAGCAUUGGUUGGAAUCCAUAUUUCAGCAACAAAGAAAAGACUAUAGAACCAUGGUUGCUUCAUGAAUUCAGCGAGGAUUUCUAUGGGGAAGAACUGCGGCUGGUUAUAGUUGGUUACAUACGUCCUGAGGAAAAUUUUCCAUCCCUUGAAAGCUUGAUUGCCAAGAUUCAUGAAGAUCGCAGAGUUGCCGAGAGAGCUCUUGAUCUUCCCAUGUAUUCAAGUCAUAAGAAUGAUGCAUAUUUGAGAAGCUCAUAGUACUCUGAUUUUAUUAGCUUCUUUGGAAGAAACCUCUGCAUUUGUACUAGUGCCAAAAAUAGUUUGGUUGUAUUAUUCCCUGUGAUUCUCAAUCACCACUCACCAUAACAGAUUGAUUUGUAACAUUGAUAAAUUAUCAUGAAAAACCACUCACUAUUUCGCUUUCA